AUGAACGAUCACGGACUCGAGAAUGAUGACAAUCAAUUGCUUGGAUCAUAUGAUGAUCGAGUUGAUCUAAAUGAAGCUGGACCGUCAAGUCGUCCCACUUGCUCAAUGCCCCCAAAAGUCAUUCUUGAGGACUAUGGACAAGCGAAUUAUCUGAUGGGAAGAAACAAGAAAAACCCGAUCAUCAUCUAUAAGAGUAAACUCUUCCCGAAUCGAGUUUACGAAUGGUGCUUUGUACAUAAUUUUACGAAAAUCCCAGGUUAUACAACUUGGAUGUGCAUUCAAUGUUCCGUGAUGAAACAAAAGCAAAAAAAAAUGGGAGAAAUGGUUGGAAAUGAAAAAAUCGGAAAAGUUCCGCGAAUUCUCGUCGUCGAUGAUGUGAUUCGAGAAGAUCCCGAUAAUCCGAUCAAUCGACAUUUCUGUCAAGGGAAAAAUAUUAUCGAAUCGGCUUUGGCAAAAGCUCGAGUUCGGGUAAUCCGAGAUGAGAACCCAGAUGGAUCUCUCAUUCAAGGCCCAUCAAAAGUCUUUCUCGAUUCGGCAAUGGAUUUCAAUUACUUGAAUCCUUCUCAAAAGAAAGCUCUUCGUGAUCGUUUAAUAAUCAAUCAAUAUGAUGAACGAACGAUGACCCACCAAAACAACGAUGGAAUGAUGGGCAUUCCAAAACAGCUGUAUCGAAUCGCGCCACCAAUUUCAUCUCAACAACUCACUCAAAAUAAUCCUCCAAGAAGGAUCAUCAGGGUCAUAAAACGGCGUUUUCCGGAAGAAAAUGGCGAUAUCUACAAUGCAGAUCAUCAAUACCUUCAAAAUCAAAUACACCCUUCAAAGACUUUCAAAAGGGAACAUCCGGAGCAUCUAGAUUCCUUAUCAAACCAUCAUAGAGCGUUACUGGCAAAUUGUGGGAAUGAAACCGGACAGGAAGUUGAAACAGAUUCUAAAAUGCCUAAAAGAUUCGAUUCUUUGACAACGAGUCCUGGAGAGUUAAUAGUGCGAUCUGCGAACGAAAUUGAUGUUGAUGGGGAGGAAGAGGUGAUUGAUGUAGAAAGUGAACAAUUG